GAGCGCCAUUUAAACCUGAGGUCGUCUUAAGAUGUUCGGCCUGAACCAUUAAAUGCAACACUAUUGCUAACCCACUGACAGUUUUGAGCAACUGGUUGGGCGAAUUCACCCAACGAAGUUGAAGAAAUUGGCAUUCAUCAAAAUGCACUCAGUUAGGGUUUGGAAGAAGGGCCUGUUGCAUUCGUCUAAAUGGUAUUUGGAGUACUAUGCGUUUUGAAAGAGUUAUCCUCUUCCCUCUGGUGUUGAUCUUUUUACCUCUUUGGGGUCAAAUAGUUGUCCGCGAAGAGCCGUCCAUGUUUGGUCUCGUCACUCGAUUCUUCUUCAACAAUGGGCAGUGUACCUCUAUAAUAGGGCGAAAUGGCACGUGCUAUACGACAGAGGAGUGUUCCCAACGCAAUGGAGUUGCCGAAGGGGAAUGUGCUAAUGGUUUGGGCGUUUGUUGUAUCUUUCAAAUAACGACGUGUGGCGGAAACGUGAUCGAAAAUUGUACCACCGUGAGGGGCACCCGUUUCAAUGGACAAGUUUGCGAAUUCAAUUUAGAGGAAUGCAGUUCAAACAUUUGUUUCUUUCGACUUGACUUUGAUAGCUUGACCCUCGGAAGCACUCUGGCAUCGAACGGAGAUUGCUCCUCCGAUACGAUUUCUUUCAGUUCACCAAGUGUUCCGUUACUGUGUGGUAGCCUCAGUGGACAGCACAUAUAUUUGCCAGCCUCGAUCGUAACUGACGAUAGUUUCAGCCUCAACUUUGGCCUCAGCACGGCCUCGCCUUUGGCUAACGCUUAUCAAAUCCAAGUGAAGCAGAUUCCGUGCGGUCAAAGUUUCACUCCGCCAUUUGGUUGCAAUCAGUUCUUUUUUGGGCAGCUCACUGGGCAAUUUGAGAGCUACAACUAUAUGAUGGGCACGGGAUAUCACUUGAACAAUCAAAACUACGACAUUUGUAUACGCACAGAAGAGGGGAUCUGUAGCAUUGCUUACGUGGCUUUUCCUGGGAUACAAGGAUUUGCUUUUGGUCCAGACUCAUUCUUAGGAAAAAUGGAAUCCGUGAAUGGUGUAAAAGAAUGUACAGCUGAUUAUGUUCUCGUUCCAAAUUCAGCCAACGCCUUUCAAACACUUUGCUCAGUCUCAGGCCCUGGGUUCGUGUUAACCCCCACUAUAACACGAUAUUGUGGCUAUUACCUGGCUUGUGACGCUGGAAGCAUGACGAACUUGCCUAUCAUUGCAAACAAUACUGAUUUUCGGGUUACAGUUGUCACAGAUGAUUUUGACUCGACAACCAACAUGAUGGUGGGCCUUCAAUUCGCUUAUCAACAAUUACCUUGUUCUGGUGCAAGCAAUGCGUUUUUCCUAACGAUUGCAGCUGGAUGAGCAAACUUGCUCAUGUCAAUUUGUGGAAUUAUGUUUCCUAUUAAUUGAUAAAUAGGACCUAGAAAACGGUUCAAAAGAUGUACAUAUGAGACUCUGUCGCCUCUUUUUUUUAAUAUUACGGCCAUUUUGAUGGCUUUUUCAGUUCAUAUUUUAUGCUGUGUGGAGUCACUAUCUCUUAAACCAUUGUAAAUAGUUUCACGGUGUUUUCGAUUGCUGUCCCAUUUAUCACCAAUCCAUGAAGCGUGUACAAAGACCGAAAUUUUGAGACGUGCUCAUUUCUUUCAA